UCCCUCCCUCUCUCUCUCUCUCUCUCUCUCUCUCUCUCUCGUUCUCCGACAGAUCCUUCUUUGGAGUUUCGUCGCAGGCUACUAAGAGAGCUGAACGAUGGGUCUCAGCUUCACAAAGUUGUUCAGUCGGCUUUUUGCCAAAAAAGAAAUGCGGAUUCUGAUGGUAGGUCUUGAUGCGGCUGGUAAAACCACAAUCCUAUACAAGCUGAAGCUCGGUGAAAUUGUCACCACCAUCCCAACCAUCGGGUUCAAUGUGGAGACUGUGGAGUACAAGAACAUCAGUUUCACUGUUUGGGAUGUGGGUGGUCAGGACAAGAUCCGUCCGCUGUGGAGGCACUAUUUCCAGAACACACAAGGUCUGAUAUUUGUGGUCGACAGCAAUGACAGGGACCGGAUUGUGGAGGCAAGGGAUGAGUUGCAUCGCAUGCUGAACGAGGAUGAGCUGAGGGAUGCAGUCCUGCUUGUGUUUGCAAACAAACAAGAUCUUCCAAACGCGAUGAACGCUGCAGAAAUAACCGACAAGCUCGGCCUUCACUCUCUCCGCCAACGCCACUGGUACAUACAGAGCACAUGCGCCACAUCCGGAGAAGGUCUAUACGAAGGCCUUGAUUGGCUCUCCAACAACAUUGCUAGCAAGGCAUGAAGCUGCAGUUGAAAGGCGGAUCCCAUGGUGUCUGUUAUUUUCUGAAUAAGACACUUAUGAAUAUCUCUCUCUCUCUCUCUCUCUCUCUCCAGACAAUACGAAGCAAAACCCCCAAUCGUAUAUUGAGUUGAAAAGUUACGGAUUGAA